GAAGAGCCAGUAGAGGGCAGUAGGGAAGUUUCAGCCAGACAAAUACAAUCGAGCUCGAGCGCCCGCCCUGAAGGAUUAAUAGUCAAUUAUCGAUCAGUUGAUUCGUCGUCGUAAGGAUGUCAGACGCGAAGCAAAUAAUGGCGCAGAAAAGCGCCAAAAUAGCAGCAGGAGCCGUUGUUUGUGUUGAAAGCGAAAUAAGAGGAGAUGUGACCAUUGGUGCUCGGACAGUUGUCCACCCCAAAGCACGGAUCAUCGCAGAGGCAGGUCCUAUAAUUAUAGGAGAGGGUAAUCUAAUAGAGGAGCAGACACUUAUUAUUAAUAGUUAUCCAGAGAACAUAAUGCCAGACUCGGAGGGGGUUGAGGCGAAAACCAUGAUAGUUGGGACUAACAAUGUGUUUGAAGUGGGAUGUGUGUCUCAAGCUUUGAAAAUUGGAGACAACAAUGUGAUUGAGUCGAAGGCCGAUCUGGGAAGAAACGUGAUCCUAACAAGCGGCUGCAUCAUCGGCGCGUGCUGCCAGAUCAACACGUGCGAGGUCGUGCCGGAGAACACGGUUGUGUACGGUUCCAACUGCAUCAGGCGUGUGCAGAGCGAAAAGCCACAGCCUCAAACUCUGCAACUGGACUUCCUCAUGAAGAUUCUGCCCAACUACCACCACCUGAAGAAGACGGUGAAAGGCAACAGCACACCUGUGAGGAACUAACAUGGAUCUGGAUAGAGAAGAAUAAAAACCACAGCAAUCCACAGCACCUGAAGGUCUCACAUUUCCCCCAGCAUACAGUUGUCUUACACUACAGUGCUCAUAGUGUCUACUGGAAUACCUCUCCCACUGAAAACGACUACUUUUGCACUUUUUUCUUUGCUUUUGCAUCACUUCUGACAUGUGUUUUGCACCUUCAACAGUUAAUGCUGCCAAACUAUUUUAAUGUGUUGCAAUCAUUUAUAUUUAUAAAUGUUCCAAUAAUAAAAAAAAAAGAUAUGAAAAAGA